GGUGGGACUCUGACAUGUUGCUGUUACUUCCGCCCUCUCUGGUGACUGGUCAUGUGAUACGUGCUGCUUUCUCUCUGUCGCGCUGUGGAUCCUGUCUGUCUGCCAGCUGGACAGCAAACAAAGUUGAUCUCCAGUCAAAAGUGUGUAACUUCUGAGAUACUAUUUGGGCUUUAAAGAAAAGCACCUACCAUGGCGGAGCUGAGCUUUGUGAUCACCAUGUCCGUGGUGACUCUGUUUUGGGGCAUCGUUGGAGGAGUAGUGCCCUGGUUCAUCCCCAAAGGACCCAACAGAGGAGUGAUUGUCACAAUGUUGGUGUUAACUGCAGUUUGCUGCUACCUGUUCUGGUUGAUAGCAAUCCUGGCCCAGCUCAACCCACUUUUUGGGCCCUCUCUGUCUGUUGACACCAUCUGGUACCUGAAAUAUCACUGGCCUUAAUUUACUCCUCCAGGACUCCUGACCAUGCAGCAGGGGAGGACCUGACGCUGCUGCACACCAAUGGAUGUUUGCUUCUCACUUCAUGCAGAGAUCAUUCCUUCUGAAUCGCCUUAAACUCAGACCCCUGUGUGAUUACUGAGUGAUGCCCACACUUGUGCCUUGUACAAAAAUGAUUCCCAAAGGACCUCUGAGAGAUCUCACUGAAUGUGCUUUACUUUAAAUUAAAGCAACCCCUGACUUGUUGUUUGGUUAUGUAUAUCCUGUUUAUUGCUGUUGUUAAUAUGAAUGACUGUGCCUUUAAAUAGUUGAUGUGUGGUGUGUUUGAUGUGAUUUUGUGUUGUCUGAUAAUAUUAGUGACCAUUCGAUAGUUGUUAAUUAAUAAACUAAUAAUCAACACCA